AUGGAUGGCCACGAGUCCGGCCAGUUUCUGCAGGAGGAGGUGGCAGAGGAGGCUGAAGGGCCCAUUGACGUGCGUGUCUCUCUGCAGCUGCAGCCGGAGCAGCUGGACUGUGGAGCAGCGCACCUUCAGCACCCGCUGGCCAUCGUGAACCCCGUCACAGCGACCCCCGUGUUCACCUACAGCGGCCUGACCGCGGUGGCAGUCGCCAGUGUCAAUAACUACACCGUUGUGUUCCUGGGCACUGCCAGCGGAGGACUCCUGAAGAUUAAUCUGGACAGUACCAUGAAGGUUAUUAGCAGGAGAUCCAUUUCGGUGGCUUACGGAGAGCCUGUCCACCCCAUCAUGCAGUUCGACCCUUCUGAUUCCACGUACCUCUAUCUGAUGACCUCCUAUCAGAUGACGCGGGUGAAGGUGGCUGCCUGUAACCAGUACUCGACGUGCACGGAGUGCCUGGCUGCCGCUGACGCUUACUGCGGGUGGUGCACGAUGGAGACCAGGUGUUCUCUGCAGCACGAGUGCACGAACUUCACAGGGGCCAACUUCUGGGCGAGUACAAGUGAAGGAGUGCAGCAGUGCCCUUCCAUGACCAUCUUGGAGCCCGAGAUUAAUAUCGACAAAGAGAACCCGGCCCUGAUAAUACAAAUAAAUGGGACUAUCCCGAACCUGAAUGGAACAAAUAUUUCAUGUGACUAUGGAAAUAAUAUCCACACAGUAGCCAGAGUUGCAGGAGAUUAUGUAAACCAGUUUAUUUAUUGCAGUUUACUUCCACGCGAGAAAUACCCAACGUUUCCAGACGACCAAGACCACGUGGUCGUCGAAACUGCUCUCCGGGUCAACAGCAAAAACAUUAUCCGGGCCAAUUUCACCAUCUACGAUUGCAAAAGAACUGGAAACAUUUAUCCAAAGAGAGCAUGCACCAGCUGCCUCUCAACCAGAUGGAAGUGUCACUGGUGCCCCUCCACCUACGCCUGUGUCUCCAACCACUCGCAAUGUGACGACGCGCUGCGGAUGAAGAAGAAAAUUGACUGUCCGCGAAUUGUACCUGCCUCCUUGGACCCAAUGCCCACGGGAGUAUCUCGGGACAUUACGAUCUCACUGGCUAAUGCGACUUUCUCUAAGGAGACAGCUCUGGAGUGCCAUUUUGGGACAGACAGGACAUUUGAAGCUCGGUGGCUGAACUCCUCCGCCGUGGAGUGUGUACACGUGCUGCUCCACACAUCAGAAAAAAGCCAUCUCUUCCCAGUGAACCUUCAGCUGAAGGACAGACCAGACAGAUUUAUCGACAGUCCAGAGAUGAUGACAGUGGAGGUGUACAACUGUGUGACUGGGAGUGCUGACUGUUCUCAGUGCCUGGGGAGGGAGGACCUGGGGCACCGCUGUGUCUGGAGUGAGAGCAGCUCCAGCUGCAGGCUGCACAGCGAGCACCCCCAGAUCUCAGAUGUCUGUCCAGCUCCGGAGAUUAAGAAGAUCGAGCCGCUGCGCGGGCCGCUGGAGGGGGGCACCCUGCUGACCAUCCGCGGGAGGAACCUGGGCCGCCGCUUCAGCGAUGUCCUCGGCGCCGUCAGGAGCGGCACGACCGCCAACCUCCCCUUUCCUCUCCACAGGAUUGUGUGCCAGACCGGAGAGGCUCAGGAGGUGUUUUCUGAUGUGGUGACAGUUAACGUGAGCCGGGAAGGGAAGUCCAGGGAGCGAUACUCUUACGUGCUUCCCGUGGUGCAGUCCAUAGCUCCCCUGAAUGGCCCGAAGGCUGGAGGAACCAGAGUGACCAUCAGAGGCAGCAGGCUGGAUGUCGGCUCUGAGCUCCGUGUCCUCGUCAAUACCUCCAAGCAGUGCACUGACCUCAGCCGCAACGACAGCACCAUCACCUGCACCAUGCCAUCCGCGGAGCUCACCACGGCCGUGCGAGUCUGUGUCCAGUUCGAGAACAAGUCUUGUGCCAGCUACAACAUCACAUUCAAGUAUGAGAAGAACCCGAUUAUAUCGGACAUCAACCCCAAAAAGAGCCAGAUCAGCGGGGGCAGGAUCAUCAUCCUGGAAGGAAGAGGCUUUGAACUCGUCCAGAAUGUGUCCAUGGUGGUCCGUGGCAUCGGCAGAGAGCAAACGAGCUGUAAGGUUCACACCGACACUGUGAUCACCUGCCCCUCUCCAGCUGCCUCCAACAUCACUGCGGGGAGCAAGCCUGCACCUGUCGAUUUCUACCUCAACGGUCGCCUCUAUGCAGAUGACCGUCCGGCGCUGGAUGAGGAGAUGUACCCUGAGGAGGCCUUGCACAUCAGCAAGUUCAGCCUGGAGUACUAUGCUGACCCCCAGUUCUUCACAGCCAAGAAGGAAAAGUGGAUCAAGCACCAUCCUGGCGAGCCCUUAACUCUGGUUAUACAUAAAGAGCCUGACAGCCUGGGCCUGGAAAGCAAUGAGUACCAAGUGAAAAUUGGCCUUAUCUCGUGUGAGAUCCAGAUUGUUUCGGACAAAGUCAUCCACUGUUCUGUCAACGAGUCGCUGAGCACCUCGGAAAGACAGUUACCCGUGACGAUCCAAGUUGGAAAGUUCAACUACACAAUUGCAAUGCUGCACCUUGGGGGAGGAGAGACCGCAAUCAUCGUCUCCAUUGUCAUCUGCAGCAUCUUGCUGGUCCUCUCUGUCGUAGCUCUCUUUGUGUUUUGCACAAAGAGCCGCAGAGCAGAGCGCUACUGGCAGAAAACCCUGCUCCAGAUGGAGGAGAUGGAGUCGCAGAUCCGGGAGGAAAUCCGCAAAGGUUUUGCGGAACUGCAGACAGACAUGACGGACCUGACCAAGGAGUUAAACCGCAGCCAGGGGAUCCCAUUCCUGGAGUACAAGCACUUUGUCACCCGGACGUUCUUCCCCAAAUGUUCCUCGCUCUAUGAGGAGUGCUACAUCCUCCCGUCCCAGCAGCUCAGCUCCCAGGUGGGCUCCCAGGUCCAAGAAACUCAUCCACUCCUGGUGGGGGAAUGGAAAAUCCCUGAAAACUGCAGACCCAAUAUGGAAGAAGGAAUCUCGCUGUUCUCCACCUUACUCAACAACAAGCACUUUCUCAUUGUGUUUGUCCAUGCUCUCGAGCAACAGAAGGACUUUGCUGUUAGAGACAGAUGUAACCUGGCCUCCCUGCUUACUAUUGCAUUGCAUGGGAAACUGGAGUAUUACACCAGCAUCAUGAAGGACCUCUUGGUGGAUCUAAUAGAUGCUUCAGCUUCCAAAAACCCCAAGCUGAUGCUGAGGAGAACGGAAUCUGUGGUGGAGAAGAUGCUCACCAACUGGAUGUCCAUCUGCAUGUACAGCUAUCUCAGAGAGACCGUUGGAGAGCCCUUCUUUCUGUUGAUCUGUGCAAUCAAACAGCAGAUUAACAAAGGGUCCAUCGAUGCCAUCACGGGGAAAGCCAGGUACACCCUCAAUGAGGAGUGGCUCCUGAGGGAGAACAUCGAGGCAAAGCCGAGGAACCUCAACGUCUCCUUCCAAGGCUGUGGGAUGGACUCCCUGAGCGUCAGGGCCAUGGACACAGACACACUCAGCCAAGUGAAGGAGAAGAUUCUGGAGGCCUUCUGCAAGAACGUCCCCUACUCCCAGUGGCCGAGGGUGGAAGAUGUUGACCUCGAGUGGUUCGCCACUAGCACUGACAGCUACAUCCUCCGGGACCUUGAUGACACCUCGGUGGUGGAGGACGGCAGGAAGAAACUCAACACAUUAGCACACUACAAGAUCCCUGAAGGGGCGUCAUUGGCCAUGAGUUUGUCGGACAAGAAAGACACCACGCUGAGCAGAGUGAAGGAUUUGGACACUGAAAAGUACUUCCACUUGGUUCUCCCAACUGAUGAAUCAGUUGAACAUAAGAAGUCCCACAGACAGAGCCAUAGGAAGAAAGUCCUACCGGAGAUCUACCUGACCAGGCUGCUCUCCACAAAGGGCACGCUGCAGAAGUUCCUGGACGACUUGUUCAAAGCCAUUCUCAGUAUCCGAGAUGAUAAACCACCUGUGGCCGUGAAGUAUUUCUUUGACUUCCUAGAGGAGCAAGCAGAGAAAAGAGGGAUCACAGACCCUGACACUAUGCACAUCUGGAAGACCAACAGCCUACCUCUGAGGUUUUGGGUCAACAUCCUGAAGAACCCGCAGUUCGUCUUCGACAUUGACAAGACAGACCACAUUGACGCCUGUCUCUCUGUGAUAGCCCAGGCCUUCAUUGACGCCUGCUCCCUGUCUGACCUGCAGCUGGGCAAGGACUCCCCGACCAAUAAACUGCUGUACGCCAAGGAGAUCCCCGAGUAUAGGAAGAUAGUGCAGCGAUACUACAAGCAAAUCCACGACAUGCCCCCGCUCAGCGAGCAGGAAAUGAACGCCCACCUCGCGGAGGAGUCGCGGAAAUACCGGAACGAAUUCAACACCAACGUCGCCAUGGCUGAGAUAUACAAAUACGCCAAGAGAUACCGCUCCCAGAUCGUGGCCGCCCUGGAUGCCAAUCCCACGACGAAGCGCACCCAGCUCCAGCACAAGUUUGAGCAAGUGAUUGCACUCAUGGAGGAUAACAUCUACGAGUGCUGCAGCGAAGCCUAGGCUGACUGCAGCCCUGGAAGUGACCUUCUCCGUAGCGCAGUGCCGUAGGGAACCUGCCUUCAGCCGCGGAUACACCAUGGAUCCACCGUGGAUCAUCUCCGCCAGGGUCAUUCUCAAACCAGCCUUGUGGUGGGGGUGGGCCUGGCCCGUGGCUGAAGGGCUCCCUCACCCAACAAGAAGCCACAAGACACCUUUCCGAGCAGCAGAAAAACCCUCUGGUCUGCACUGUGGCACCCAUAAUUUAUUUGCUGCCAGCGAGAAAUGGAGACGAGACACUUGUGGCAAGCUCAGUUCACCACUUCCCUCUGAUCAGCGUCCGAGCGGUCAGCAGCUCCCUGCAUCCCUGUUUGUGGUUCCUCAGGAUGAGAGACGGGGCUGCAGAAGCCAUAACAAUAGACACAAAGCAGUAGGGUAGCCUCAGGGAGUAAUGAGCAGAGAUGGCAAAGGCCGUCGGAGCAACCCCUGAGCUCCCUUCCACACCAUCCCUCUGACAUCCUUGUUUUUCCAACACCAGGGACUCUAUCAGCUGUUCACUAUCUGCUGCAUUCUGUGUAUUUUUGUGCCUUUUAAUUUUUGUGCUGUAUGUGUAAACAUAACCACUCCUCCAUCUGAGGAUCGUCUUGGGCAACACGGGGAACUCAGGGCUGAGACAAAGCAGUUGCUUCCCAAGUAGCUAAGGCAUGGUGAAAGCACUUUAUCCCCUAACGGAGACAGCUGUUACGGAGCUGGAGGGAGCGUGUUACAUGUCAGACAGUGUGGGAAGGGCUGCUUCCCCUUCCCCAGGUUCCCAGAUCUGCAUGCACAGUGAGCUGGAGUUGCAGUGGGCAGGCAAAUAUCCCCUAAUGACCCACCUUUCAGCCAGCUGAUCCCAGGCAUAGCUUCUGCCUAGAAGCAGAAGACCAGAUGCAGUGGGUGAGGGGAAGGACUUCUGCCUCGCGCUCCGGUCGCCCUGCCGUGCUGGCUGUGCGCACAUCUGUGGCACUGCCCCAGCUCAGCCCUGGUAACGCCGCUCAUGCCAACAGGAGUUAGCUCCUGCUAACAGCCCCCUGACAGAGCGGGCUUGAGCCUCGUGGAGGGCAAAACGCCAGGUAGCAUCUUCCCUCCUUCUGCCCCAUGUGCUCCAGCAUCUCCCCGUGAUCAUCACUGAAAACAAGGUCAGUGCUACAGAGGUGUCUUCCUAAAGCAGCUUGUUCUGCUUGCUUCAGACCCAGCCCACCAUGGUUGUCGCCUGAGGGCAACCAAGAGCGUGCAGUUUUGCUGUGUAUCCAGUCUUUUUUUCGGCCCAUAAAGGCAAAGGGACUGGACCCCAUCCACCUGGCAGCACAAUGCUCUCGCUCACGCAGGCCAGCAGAGCAGCUCCGGCACCCCACGCUGCAAACAAAGGCAGAAAGCGUCCCAUGCCUCCUUACACUGGGGUCAGUGAGCAGGGUCCCACUGCACAGACCUAGAAACUUCACUGCUGUCCCGUGGCAUCUGCGCUGGGGCAAACCCCCCGUCCCAGCUGGGUGGCCCAUUCUCCUUUCUGCUGGCAAUUUUGUCCUUUCUGCAGCCAGGGGAACUGUGACUGCUCUGGUCUUCUCCAGUGUCACACAGGCCCCUCUGUAGAGGCUGGACUGCAGCUAACACCACGUGCUUGAAGCCAGCAUUCACAUGCAGGCAAAGGCAACCUGCCCAUGAAAGCUAAACCCAGCCGUAGCCACCGCAUUUUCAAACUGCCAAAUAGAAAAGAAAAAAAAAAAAGAAAAAAGUUACUACCUCACUCCAGGCAGGGUCUAAGGUGAGCCUCCGUUACUCAUCCAGCUGGCAAGGAUGCAACCUGGUAUUAGAUGACUUUGGUCCACCAAAACUCCUCCUGGGUGACUCACUGCCAUGGACAGGUGGCCUCCAUCCCAUUGUUUCCAGUAAUGCCACAUUUGUCAGAAAUUGGAACAUCAGAAUUGUGUAUGUGUAUAUAGAUAUCUAUUUUAAAACAAAUGAUAGACUUUAUCCUGUAUGUUAAAAGGGAGGGGAGGGAGGGGAGGGAAAGGGGAAGAACAGAGGUUUGGUUUUUUUUUUUUUUAGAAGAGAACUACAGAAAAAGUACAUACACUGUGGAGGUUUCAAUGUCUUUACUGAGGAUGUGGCUUCAGAAUAGAAACUCUAAGAAUGUAGCUGGGCUACAUUUUAUUUUGAAAGUGAUUUCACAAAAAAAUCUUGAAUUUUUUUUUCUUUUAGAAACUGUGAAUAGCUGCCAGAGAUAUAGGCAGGCCCAGCACAGGGAAGGCGAGGGUGAGAAGGACCAAGGUAGCAGAGAACGUUGAGCUUGGCUGGAGGAGGGGAAAGGGCCAUGGAGCGAUAGCCCCAUGUUGUUACAAGGAAAGGAUACAGGUGAGCCGAUGGUAUAGUUUGCCUCCAGGUGAUGUCACUGGGCCAUGUAUUGGGGCCUAUUGCUUUAUUAUUUAAUUUUUUCCAAAGCAAAAAAAAAAAAAAAAGUAGUUGCUACAACCAUUUUAAAGGAACAACUGUAACGGAGCAGAAGCUUGAGGGUUUCUAGUGUUGCCUUGAACCCCCAAGCCCUUUGUAACAUGUUUUUAAACUUUGGCACGUGUUGUGGGUGUAGUGCCCUUACCUGCUGUGUAGUGGAAGUGGCAGACUCUUGGAAAAGCCUAUCUUUGUAAUAAAACAAGGUGCUGAAA